CACUCUUCCCAAAUCCCAAUUUCCCAUUGUAAAAUGUAAUGAUAAUUGUAACGUUGUUUAGAAUUAAUAAAUUAAAUAAAAAUAGUUAUAACAGAAAAUACUACUUUAUAGACCUGUUUCACCAUAAAUUUGUUAUGUUGAAGGAUUUUUAGUAAUAAAUAUUACCGUCAAUUUCAACUUAGCUAAUGUAUUGAAUUUUUAAUAAUAAAUAACUAACUACACAGUUACAUACACUGUCCUAUAUUUUGCAACAAUAUGAGUUUUAGCCAAGGAUUAGCAAAAAUAAAAGAGAAUGAAGAUAAGCAAAGAACUACUCCAGUGGCAAAAGUGGCACCAGAAUUAAAACAAAGUAGUGAUGCAAAUACAGAGAUUACUAAAACCUGCGCUGUUUUAGGAUGUGAAGAGUCAAAAAAUCUCAAUGCAGAUUCAUUUUUUCCAUUCCCAGAGGAUCCUAACUUAAGGCAGAUAUGGACAGAAUUGACAGGAAGAAACAAUUGGACACCGACUGAUUAUUCUUACAUAUGUGUACAACAUUUCUCAGUAGAUUGCUUUGAGUGUGACUCAAGUAAUGCAGUAGUUCUCUUGGGUAAAGCUGUUCCCUCACUAAAAUUACCUAAACAUGUAUUAGAGGUGGAGUAUAUUGAUGAAGAUACAUUAGAUAACGAUGCUAGAUAUUGUACAGACGAGGAUUAUGAAAUGGGUGAUAGUGACAGUAUACCUUAUGAUAAGCACAUGGAAAAUGGAUCAUUUUCAAAUAAGGAAAGUAUGAAAACAGAAGUCAAUAUUGAAGCAUUGAAGCUGUUUACAGAAGUACAAAAAUUGCAACGUCAAGUUGUAGAAGUUCAGGAGAAGUUAAAAUAUUCAAAGAGGACAUUCCACCGGCAAGGUAAAUUCCUGACGCGGCUCAAGGAAAUUAUUGAAAUGAAAAAGAGAAUUUUGGAUCAGAAAAAAAAGAAGAAAUCAAGGAUAUUAUUAUCACUGCAAGAUAAGAUGAAGGAAGAUACAAAUGGUCUUGUUCUAGCAAUGCCGACAAGGCAGACUGAUGAUUUAAGAAAUUUCGCUCUCAGCAUUUACAAGUACUCACCACAAGCAUACAUUUACAUAAGAAACACAUUAAGAACACUCCUUCCCAGUACAGACAUCUUAGAGUCUUGGGUAACAGCUGGAUUUGAACCGAAGAAUGUUAUGACAAAGAGCAACCUCAUAAAAAUUGUAUCUGAACUGACAGAGAAUGAUCUAACUUGCAAAGUGUCUCUACGUUAGUGUAGUUUAAGGAUACAAUUUUUAUAAUAAAAUUAUGAUUUAAUGCCACUGGUAUUCUGACUGUCUUAUUAUGUUAAUAAAGUUGACACACUAUAUUAAAUAUGUUUGAGGCUAA